AUGGAGGAGGAGAUCCGAGCGGAGUUCCAGAGCAGCGGCUUCUCCAUCGGGGGAGCCAGUCCCGAGGACGCUGCCCAGAUCCUCACCACGCUGCUGACCUACUGCAUCAACUACAAGAUGAGCCCCGCGGACCUCGUCUCCAACUGGGAGGUCUAUUACCUCAACAGGCAAUUGGAUGGCUUAAAGCUUGAAAGCUCGUAUCUUGAUGGUUUUCUGUCACACCUUCAAAAUGAAGUUAAAGACAGGAUAAUAAAAGAAGAAGCCAACCUUCACAUUUACUCCAGUAAUGAUGUCGACAUGCUCUUGAGCAAUUCACAUGCAGAUGAAGUGGCAUUUCAUGACACACCAGGCUCUAAACAGGAAAAGCCACCUGAAGAGUCAUCUAACUCUGAGUUAACUCCUCUGACAAGUGACAGACCAUCAUCCAGCAGAGUGGCCAAAACAAAUGCUGAUCGUAUUACCCCUUUUGCAACACGAGUAAAUAAAUUUACCCAACAGUAUGUUCUCAAUGCUGAUAAUGCAGUUAGUGUGCCAAGUAAAAAUGCUGAAAUCACAGAAGAUGAAGUAAUUAGAAGAAUUCAACCAAGUCAAAGAUGUUCCUUACAAGUUCAGCACUCACAGCCUGAACCAGGUUGCAGAUUCAUGUAUGACAGAAUGGAAGACAGAUUUAAUUACUUGGAAGAUCGGAUACGAAAAUCGGCAAGCUUGUUUUCUGCAUCUGGGUUUUGUGGAGAACCUGCAGAUGCUACCCUUGCGUCAGAGGAGAAAAUGUUUGCAGUCGGUACAGUAGCUUGUGAUGGGGAAGGUCAUUUGAAUGAAAAGUCUAUCUCGCUACAGGGCGGUGUUCAACACUCCAGGGGACAGCGUGUGCGCCUUGACUUGAAGGAUCUUGAUCACUUCUCCUUGUUUCCUGGGCAGGUGGUGGGUAUUGAAGGCCACAAUCCCAGCGGACACUGUUUUGUUGCAUCAAAAUUAAUUGAUUCCAUACUGGUCUCUGUGGAUGCUCAACUUCCUAGUGCUAAGAAACAAGCUAUUGAUAAUGAAAGCAACCAAAACUCUGACGCUGGCACUCUGUCAAGAGCAUUGUCAUCGGUCAUCGCGGCAGGUCCCUAUACAACAACCGAUAAUCUGUUGUUUGAGCCACUGCAAGAACUUCUUUCAUAUGCUUGUCAUAAGCAGCCUCAGCUGCUCAUAUUGAGCUUUCAUGAUAUUUUCCAUUUUGAAAUUCUGAGAAAGAUUCAAGACUUUACCCAGUAUCUGGGGAACACUGUCCGUGUAAUUCUCAUUCCAUCCGUGCGUGAUGCUCACCAUGACUUUGUUUUCCCUCAGCCUGCAUUUGAUUUGAAUUUGCCAGAAGAUAUCACACAUCAGAUUACUUGUCUGGCAAAUCCAUGUCUCUUCAGUUCUAACGAGAUACAUUUUGGAUGUUGUACAGUAGACAUUCUGAAACAGCUCAGUGGUGAGGAAAUUUCUCGCAAGCCACCUGUCGGAAAGCCUGGAGACAGGAUUGGUAGACUUGCCUCGCACAUAUUAAAGCAACAAAGUUACUAUCCUCUAUACCCUCCUGCUGCUGGUGUGCCAUUAGACUUCUCACUUGCUAAGGAAGCAUUGGAGAUCUCAUCAGCACCAGAUGUUCUCAUUCUUCCUUCUGAUCUUGCACCAUUUGUGAAGGUGCUUUCCCUUGGAGAAGGUAGCGACGUCCAGAAACGGUUUAUCUGUGUGAACCCUGGGAGGUUGGCAAAGGGUAUUGGUGGGGGCACAUUUGUGGAGCUUUACUACAAUGAGGGCAUCGACAAGACCAACGCAACCAUCAUCCGCAUAUAG